AAAGCAGAGCAGGCCCAAGGCUAUCUCCGAUUUCCUUACAGAUGGUCCAAACGGAGGAGCAUGGCAGUCUCUAUAGUCUCUUGCAUUUAAAAAUCCAUGAAAAAAAAGCAUGAUGUAAAAUUCAUGAUUAUGAAUUUAUGCAUACUUUUUUCUUCUUUUGCCCCAAACCUCUCUCGAUCUUUAUCAUCAACACAAUCUCUCUAUUUCCCCACUUUUAAGUCACACUCAAAGAUCAAAAUUAGAAAUUAGCAUUAAAAAUUCAAUCUUUCUGUAUCCUACACCAAGUUCAUUUUUCUCUUUCUUCAAAAAAAUUACCAAAUAAGGUUGAAUUUUUGUGGGGUUGUGUUCUAAUUUCUGCUAUAAAAUCGAAUUUGUUGCUAAAACCCAAAAUCUAUACAUACCCACAAUUCAUUUCUCCUCAAUUUUCUCCCUUUUUGCAAAACAAUCAAACAUUGAGGUUGGUCACAGACCAAAAAUGGCGGCGUCAGAAAACACGGGUCUGGUUCCAACUCAAAGAAUGGAAGACAACUUGAAUUCUCAGCUCCUUUAUCAGAGCAAUAGCAAUCCUUUAAGGUUCGGGCGGGGGCCCGUUAACCCGGGUUCGAAACUCGGGUAUAUGGAUAACAAGCUCUUUAAUAUGGAUCACCGUGAGAGGGGGUACUUCUCGCCGGAGCUCCGGCGAGGUGGUGAUGGUGUAGGUGUUUAUGAGGAAGGAGCCGCUUCUCCGAGGCGAGGCGGGUCUCGGGAUUGGAAUGGUGGUGGACCCGCCUCGACACCAAGUAGCGGCGAGGAUGAUGAGGAGGAGGAUGAGGAUGAUGAUGAGGAGGAGGAGGAGGAGGAGGAUGAGGAAGGUGAUGGUGAAGUGUUGGGAUUGGUGGGAAUUAGUGGUGGUAGAAAGAAUAGUCAUAGUAGUGGUUGUGGGGGGAGUAGUAGUGGAAUUGGGGAUAAAAUUGGGGUUGGAAAUUCUAAGGAUCAUGUUUCAUUUGGUUCAUCAACUAGGCAAAUAAUGAUCAAGGAUGGGGGUAUCUUGCAACCAGGGGGUAAUGCGAAUAGAGUCAGUACGAGUGAGAAUGACCAGCAAGGAAGAGUAGGGAACUAUCAAAAAAUGGUUACAGUUGCAGAACAUGAUGGUGGUGAUGUGUAUUAUAUGCAGUUGUUGCAAGGAACAGAAGGCUGCAGCCAAGGUCAGAAGGAUAUAGCUGGGGACAAUGGUUGUGGGUUCAAUGGAAGGAAGGACAUCGCUACUACUAGUGAUCCAGGAGAGUCACUGAGAGCAAUUUUCUCUGAUCCAAUAACGGGAGCUCUAAUGGAUGAUGCAAUGAUAUUACCUUGUGGACACUCCUUUGGAGGCGGUGGAAUUCAGCAGGUUAUCAAAAUGAAAGCUUGCUAUACGUGCUCGAAUCCUGUAACUGAAGAGUUAGUGGCAAAAAAUCUCUCUCUUCGAACUGCUGUUCAAGCUUUUCGACGUGAAGAAGAUUUACAAAUGUACAAAGCUUCCAAAAGGAGAAGAGAGAGGCUUGAACAGGACAAGGGUACUUAUGGUGAUUCAUCUUUCUUAGAUUCACCUAGAGGAAGAGGUGUACAGUUUCCGUUCGUUGUGACCGAUAGAGUCAUCAUCAAGGGAAACAAGAGGACACCACAACGUUUUGUGGGCCGUGAGGCAAUUGUUACGACACAAUGCUUGAAUGGAUGGUAUGUGGUGAAGACUCUGGACAAUGCAGAGAGUGUAAAAUUGCAAUAUCGAUCAUUGGAAAAGGUUCCAGACAACCCUUCCUCAAAGCCAAUUGCAGAGAAGGCGACAUCAAACUGGCUGUAGCCCCAAGAUACUUCGGCGUUGCCUAAUCUAACAAUUUCAGGUCAGGAUCUUUAGAGGGUGAAGACAACACUUACAAGCCUUGUAUAUAGAGAGGGAGUCAUUUUCAAUUUUCACCGGAGGAAUAUGUGCCUUUGUAUAACUUCCUCUACUCCAUUGUAUGUAAUUUGUUUAUUAAAUCUAUUUUUCAUUUUAUUCCAUUAGCUAUAAUCUUAAAGACAGAGAAUUGAGCCAC